GAAACGGAGGGGCGGACGCGCGCUGGCGCUCAGCUCCUCCUUUCGCCGCUGAGCAAAGUAACUCCGAUGGAGUAAGAGGAGCCGCGAUCGUCUAAUCCAGGAGCGCCGGGCUUGAGCUCGCGCCCGGAGGGGUCAGGGGAGAGCACCGCCGCACAGCCAGCAAAGAAGAGAAGGGAAAACUGUUGCCUUCCCCUCUUCUUUCUUUCCUUUGCAUCCAGGCAACAGGAGGCUGCGGGAAGGCGAGAGGUUUCUUCCCGGCUUUGUGCGGAGAGCGCCUGAGCAAAGACUCCUGAUAAAGUUACCCAAACUCGCUAUGGCCCCGGAGGCUGGAGCCGUCGGCUUACUGGCGGCGAUCGUCUCCUUCGUCGCUCCCUCGGCUGCCUUUCUGGGAGCAGCUCGAGGCCAGUUCACGGCAGGAGGUUGCACCUUUGAAGAUGGCCCAGGACCUUGUGAUUAUCACCAGGACCCCUAUGAUGAUUUUGACUGGGUGCAUGUUAGUGCUCAAGAGCCUCAUUACCUCCCCCCUGAGAUGCCUCUAGGUUCCUACAUGAUAGUGGAUUCUUCACACCACAGCCAUGGAGAAAAGGCUCGACUUCAGCUUCCUACCAUGAAAGAGAACGAUACUCACUGUAUUGACUUCAGCUACCUUUUGUACAGUAAGAAGGGGACAAGCCCUGGAACUCUGAACAUCUUGGUUAGGGUGAACAAGGGUCCUCUGGCGAACCCCAUUUGGAAUGUGACUGGCUCUACUGGCAAAGACUGGCUGCGGGCAGAGCUGGCUGUCAGCACCUUUUGGCCAAAUGAAUAUCAGGUAAUAUUUGAGGCUGAAGUCUCAGAUGGAAGAAAUGGCUACAUUGCUAUUGAUGACAUCCAGGUUCUGAGCUACCCUUGUGAUAAAUCUCCUCAUUUCUUGAGGCUGGGGGAUGUGGAGGUCAAUGCAGGUCAGAAUGCAACAUUUCAGUGCAUUGCUACAGGGAGGGAUGCAGUGAAGAACAAGUUAUGGCUGCAGAGGCGCAAUGGAGAAGACAUUCCAGUGGCCCAAACAAAAAACAUAAAUCACAGACGUUUUGCUGCUACCUUUAAGCUUCAGGAAGUAACAAAAACAGAUCAGGAUUUAUAUCGUUGUGUUACUCAGUCUGAAAGAGGAUCUGGAGUUUCUAACUUUGCUCAACUUAUUGUUCGAGAACCUCCUCGACCAAUAGCACCGCCACAGUUGCUUGGAGUUGGACCAACUUACCUGCUCAUUCAGUUGAAUGCAAAUUCUAUUAUCGGGGAUGGACCUAUCAUCCUAAAAGAGGUGGAGUACCAUAUGACAACAGGGACCUGGACAGAAACUCAUGCCGUCAAUGCACCAACAUAUAAGCUGUGGCAUUUGGACCCAGACACAGAGUAUGAGAUUCGUGUUCUUCUAACCAGGCCUGGAGAAGGUGGCACAGGUCAGCCAGGCCCUCCGCUUAUUACCCGAACCAAAUGUGCAGAGCCUAUGAGAACACCCAAGACUUUAAAAAUUGCCGAGAUCCAGGCACGUCGUAUUGCUGUGGAUUGGGAAUCCCUGGGUUACAACAUCACUCGCUGCCAUACCUUCAAUGUUACCAUCUGCUACCAUUACUUCCGUGGUCAUAAUGAAAGCAAAGCUGACUGCUUGGACAUGGACCCCAAAGCACCACAGCAUGUUGUGAAUCACCUGCCUCCUUACACAAAUGUGAGCCUCAAAAUGAUUUUAACAAAUCCUGAAGGACGGAAAGAGAGUGAGGAGACCAUUAUUCAAACAGAUGAAGAUGUGCCUGGUCCUGUACCUACAAAAUCAUUAAAAGGAACUCCCUUUGAAGACAAGAUCUUCUUAAAUUGGAAAGAACCGAUGGAUCCAAAUGGUAUCAUCACCCAGUAUGAGGUCAGUUACAGUAGCGUACGAUCCUUUGAUCCUGCUGUUCCAGUGGCUGGACCACCUCAAACUGUGUCAAAACUAUGGAACAGUACACAUCAUGUCUUUCCCCAUCUACAUCCUGGGACUACCUAUCAGUUUUAUAUAAGAGCCAGCACUGUCAAAGGUUUUGGACCAGCUACAGCAAUCAAUGUAACCACCAAUAUUUCAGCUCCCACGUUACCAGACUAUGAAGGUAUUGAUGCCUCUCUCAAUGAAACAGCCACAACCAUAACUGUACUCCUGAGACCAGCACAAGCCAAAGGAGCUCCUAUCAGCGCCUAUCAGAUUGUCGUGGAAGAGCUGCAUCCUCAUCGAACCAAACGAGAAACUGGUGCAAUGGAUUGCUACCAGAUUCCAGUCACAUAUCAAAAUGCUCUGAGCAGUGGCUCACCAUAUUAUUUUGCUGCAGAAUUGUCCCCUGGCAAUCUUCCAGAAGCAGCACCUUUCACAGUUGGUGACAAUAGAACUUAUCAAGGCUUCUGGAACCCACCUUUGGUGCCUCGGAAAGGGUAUAACAUCUAUUUUCAAGCCAUGAGCAGUGUUGAGAAGGAGACUAAAACUCAGUGUGUUCGAAUUGCUACUAAAGCAGCUGCAACAGAAGAACCAGAGGUUAUUCCUGAUCCAGCCAAGCAGACCGACCGUGUGGUGAAAAUAGCAGGAAUAAGUGCUGGAAUCCUUGUCUUCAUUCUCAUCCUCCUCCUUGUCAUAUUAAUUGUCAAAAAAAGUAAACUGGCUAAGAAACGCAAGGAUGCCAUGGGAAACACCAGGCAAGAAAUGACCCAUAUGGUGAAUGCAAUGGAUCGGAGUUAUGCUGAUCAAAGCACUCUCCAUGCAGAGGAUCCUCUUUCGGUCACCUUUAUGGAUUCUCAUAACUUCAACCCCAGAUAUGAAAACCACAGUGCAACAGCGGAGUCAAGUCGUCUGUUAGAUGUGCCUCGUUAUCUCUGCGAAGGAACAGAAUCCCCAUACCAAACCGGCCAACUGCAUCCUGCUAUCAGAGUAGCGGAUUUGCUACAGCAUAUUAAUCUCAUGAAAACAUCUGACAGCUAUGGUUUUAAAGAAGAAUAUGAGAGUUUCUUUGAAGGACAAUCAGCUUCUUGGGAUGUGGCAAAAAAGGAUCAAAACAGAACGAAGAAUAGAUAUGGGAACAUUAUAGCAUAUGAUCACUCCAGAGUGAUAUUACAACCUGUGGAGGAUGAUCCUUCUUCAGACUACAUUAAUGCUAAUUAUAUUGAUGGAUACCAGAGACCAAGCCACUAUAUUGCAACCCAAGGGCCAGUGCAUGAGACAGUCUAUGAUUUCUGGAGAAUGAUAUGGCAAGAACAAUCAGCCUGCAUCGUUAUGGUUACAAAUUUAGUUGAAGUGGGGCGGGUUAAGUGCUACAAGUAUUGGCCUGAUGAUACUGAGGUUUAUGGGGACUUCAAAGUUACUUGUGUGGAAGUGGAACCACUUGCAGAAUAUGUCGUCAGGACGUUCACCCUUGAAAGGAGAGGUUACAAUGAAAUCCGUGAAGUUAAACAGUUCCACUUUACUGGUUGGCCUGAUCAUGGAGUACCUUACAAUGCAACAGGCCUUCUUUCAUUUAUACGCCGUGUGAAACUAUCUAAUCCCCCAAGUGCUGGGCCUAUUGUUGUGCAUUGCAGGUGUGUAGAAAAGAGUGCUGGAGCUGGGCGAACUGGAUGCUAUAUUGUAAUUGACAUAAUGUUAGACAUGGCAGAAAGAGAAGGUGUUGUAGACAUCUACAACUGUGUCAAAGCAUUACGUUCACGCCGCAUCAAUAUGGUACAGACGGAGGAGCAGUAUAUCUUCAUUCACGAUGCAAUCCUGGAAGCCUGCUUAUGUGGAGAGACUGCCAUCCCAGUCUGUGAAUUUAAAGCGGCAUAUUUUGACAUGAUUAGGAUAGACUCUCAGACAAACUCUUCACAUCUUAAAGAUGAAUUCCAGACCCUGAAUUCUGUGACUCCUCGGCUACAAGCUGAAGACUGCAGCAUAGCAUGCUUGCCAAGGAAUCAUGACAAAAACCGCUUUAUGGAUAUGCUGCCACCUGACAGAUGUCUGCCUUUCUUAAUUACUAUUGAUGGCGAGAGUAGCAAUUACAUCAAUGCCGCCCUUAUGGAUAGCUACAGACAACCCGCUGCUUUCAUUGUCACGCAGCAUCCUCUGCCGAACACUGUGAAAGAUUUCUGGAGAUUAGUCUACGACUACGGCUGUACCUCUCUCGUGAUGUUAAAUGAAGUUGAUUUAGCACAAGGCUGCCCACAAUAUUGGCCAGAGGAAGGAAUGCUGAGAUACGGUCCUAUUCAGGUUGAGUGCAUGUCCUGCUCCAUGGAGUGCGAUGUAAUCAACAGAAUUUUCAGGAUAUGCAAUUUAACAAGGCCUCAGGAAGGUUAUCUGAUGGUUCAGCAGUUUCAGUAUCUGAGUUGGGCAUCUCACAGGGAUGUGCCAGGCUCCAAACGGUCAUUCUUAAACUUAAUUCUUCAAGUGGAAAAGUGGCAAGAAGAAUGCGAAGAAGGGGAAGGGAGAACCAUAAUCCAUUGUCUGAAUGGCGGUGGGCGAAGUGGGAUGUUUUGUGCCAUAGGCAUAGUAGUGGAAAUGGUAAAAAGGCAAAAUGUCAUUGAUGUUUUCCAUGCAGUGAAAACUUUACGGAACAGUAAGCCUAACAUGGUAGAAACACCGGAACAAUAUCGCUUCUGCUAUGACGUUGCACUGGAGUACCUUGAAUCAUCUUAAUAUGGAAGGAUAAAUACAAUCAAGUGAACCAAAUAAUAUGAAAUUUAAUAAACUGUGUUUUGGCAUCAGCUGUUGAACCUGUGAAGAAAUGUUUGAGUGAAGGGGAGACUUAAUUUUUAAAUGCAAAAGUAUUUUUCUUAAUAAAUGGUGUAAAAUAUAUGUGCAGACUGUUCUUCUGUCCCUGUACACAGCCUGAAUAGAGUGCCACAAAAACAAGUAAGAGUCAAGGCAGAGCACAUCUGCUGUUCAAAGUAGAACUUUUCCGUCUUUGCAUAUUCAGCUGCCUCUCGGCUACAUUAGACCUGUCAUCUGUUGCAUGUAUCUAUUCUAGUGAAUAUUUUAUUUCACUUUUGUCCUUAAUUUCAUAUUGUUGAAAGUUUUUUAAAAUACUGUGCAGAUUGAUAAUCUAUAGAUUUCAUGUGCUACAAGAAUAGAGGGAGAGAUGGCCACACAUACCACACACAUUUUAAAAAAUGGCUUAUUUUGUUUUACUGUGCAAUGACAGCCUGAUCAAAGUUCUUUAUAAAGAAAUCCAAACAUAAGCCAAAGACUCAAGUGUAAAUAUGUUUAUAUGGGAAAGAAAGCACAUUGUAUUUAUUGUUUACUGACAUUCCUUUUAUGAUGGUUGGACAGAACCAUUUUUUCAUAGAAACAUUGUUGCUGAAAUCGAGUGUAAAUGAUUUUUGUAGAUUAUUUUUUGUAUGUACUGUGUAAGUAGAAGGAGAGAGAAUGAAAAGACCUUUUAUGGACAAACCAGAAAACAUUGAUACACUUUUUGGUUGGUGUGUGUACACGCUUAUGAAUGAAAUUCAUGUAAACAAGAAUAAGAAACCAAACAUAAAACGUCUUUCUCAGAUUAUAUAGGGUGUUUUUUUCAGUUUAUAUUAAUAAGAAAUCAAAUAGAAACUGCACAUAUAUAUAACUUUGGAAGUUUCAUUAAUUUUUUAAGGAGUAAGUGGGUUAAUAAUGAAUGCUUGACACACAGAGCAAGUACAAAAAUAAAUAAAAAUGCAAGUUAAUAACAUUUAUUUUAAUGUUUACAGUUGAGGCACAAGUUCUAGACAACCACAGCAUGCAAUUUCCCCUUCUGCAGUGCUGGAGGAAUCUUCUUAUCCUCAGUUGUGGCUUCCAGGUUGAGCCAAGAAAUCAGCUUUUGUCCAAGGUUCAGAGCGGCUCCGGCUUUUCCCCCAGUGGUCGUCUAGAUCAGUAGCAAUGGUAGCUUUGUGUUCUGACAAAGCCAAAAUGGAUUGAAUCAAUUCAAGAGUUAGGCGAUAGCUUUGGUAUGUUUUUUACUUUGCUCUUCAUAUGCACAUUCAUAAGCCUGGACAUGUUUUCAUAAUGAAAAACAUUUACUGUGUCCUGUUGAUUUUUUUUUUAUCAAGAGUAAAUGAUAAGGUGCUUAUAAAUACUCAUGUAAAAUAAGAGUGAAUUAAAGAAGUUUUAUAACAUACUGA